CGAAAAAGUUUCUGUGAUUUUUCUGUGAAGCGACGAUGUGGGCAAGCGCUGAAGGAGGGCCGCCGGAGGUUACUCUGGAGACUUCCAUGGGUUCUUUCACCGUUGAGCUUUACUUCAAACACGCACCGAGGACAUGUAGAAACUUCAUUGAGCUUUCUCGGCGAGGUUAUUAUGACAAUGUCAAAUUUCACCGGAUUAUUAAGGAUUUUAUAGUGCAAGGUGGAGAUCCCACAGGAACUGGACGGGGUGGGGAAUCUAUUUAUGGUAAGAAAUUUGAGGAUGAAAUAAAGCCAGAGUUGAAGCAUACUGGAGCUGGUAUUCUAUCAAUGGCAAACGCUGGUCCUAAUACAAAUGGAAGCCAAUUCUUCAUCACUCUUGCCCCUUGCCCAUCCUUAGAUGGGAAGCACUCCAUCUUUGGAAGAGUUUGUAAGGGAAUGGAAAUAAUCAAAAGGCUUGGCAGUGUACAAACUGAUAACAACGAUAGACCCAUCCAUGAUGUGAAAAUCCUACGGGCAUCAGUUAAAGACUAAAGCUUUUCAGUUAUUAACUUUUGGCACACUCGUAUCGUUGAAUCGACCGUGUAUGCAGCAAUCAAAACCGAAAACAAUGUAUUUUCUUUUCAUGAUGGAAGGAAGGAAUGGAAGAAUUUCCAUGUUAGUUGGUUGAAGAAAGAGUAGAGGGGAAAAGGACCUUCCAAUCUCAUCAAAAUGGUAUUCUAAACUCAUAACUUAGCAUAUGACUGACAUCUCUUUAUAUGCCAAGUAUGAGUUUGUGGGUUUUCCACCCAUCAUAAUGCCUGACACUUCUGUAUUCAAAUCGUGAAUGAACAAUGCUUUAUUUGGAGUUCUUAGUAUUAGAAAUCUUUUGAAAUGGGA